AAUGAAUAUUACGCAAGCAACUUAUAUGAAAUUUUAAUGAAGGAGUAAAUUUUCACAAGAUACUCAUGUAUACUAAAAAAACACCCCACGUGUUAUAACAGUCUUAUCAAAUUAUUGGUUAUCUUAUGUUUAAAAACGUAUGGCGCGAUUAAUGCGUCCACUUUGAGUUAAUUUUUUUUUUUAAUUAUAGCAGUAAAAAUGAGUAACUUAUCCAUAGCUAAUACUUCAAACAGUAUUGAUGAAAAUGAACCAGAAAAAGCCUCGGAUGCAGUCUUCAAAAAAAGUACUAAACUUGAAGCCCCUGUUGUUCGAGGUUAUGAUUGGAAUAAUGGAAUAAAUUAUGAAAGUCUUUUAUCUACUUAUCGUUACUCUGGAUUUCAAGCUACAAAUUUUGGUCUUGCUGUGGAGCAAAUAAAUAAAAUGUUAGAAGAAAGAGAAAAACCAUUUCAAAAAGAUAUUCAUGAACAAAAUGAAUUUAUUAAACGCCGUUCUAAUUGUACUAUAUUUCUUGGAUAUACAUCUAAUAUGGUAUCAUGUGGUAACAGAGACUCAAUAAGAUUUGUUGUUCAACACAAAAUGGUUGAUUGCAUUGUUACAACUGCUGGAGGUGUCGAAGAAGAUAUCAUCAAAUGUUUAGCACCAACAUUCAUUGGUGAUUUUCAACUAAAAGGCAGUGAUCUUCGAGAAAAGGGUAUUAACAGAAUUGGAAAUUUACUUGUUCCAAACAAUAACUAUUGUAAAUUUGAAAAUUGGGUUAUGCCUAUAUUAGAUAAAAUGUUAGAAGAACAAAAAAUAGCAUGGACUCCUUCUCAAAUUGUAGAAAGAUUAGGUUUAGAAAUUAACAAUGAAGAUUCCAUAUGUUAUUGGGCAGCUCGAAAUAAAAUACCUAUAUUUUGUCCAGCCUUAACUGAUGGUAGUUUAGGUGACAUGAUGUAUUUUCAUUCAUAUCGUAAUCCAGGUCUUAUUGUUGAUAUACUCAAAGAUUUAAGGCUUCUAAAUACAAUGGCAGUAAAAGCAGCAAAUACAGGAGUAAUUAUUGUAGGCGGCGGAGUGAUAAAACACCACAUUUGUAAUGCUAAUUUAAUGAGAAACGGUGCUGAUUAUGCAGUUUAUUUAAACACAGCUUCUGAAUAUGAUGGUAGUGACUCUGGAGCUAGACCUGAUGAAGCUGUAUCAUGGGGAAAAAUAACACCUGAAGCAAAACCUGUUAAAGUUUAUGGAGAUGCAACACUUAUUUUACCUCUUUUGGUUGGAGAAACAUUUGCAAAAAAGUACCAUAAUAAAAAAUAAAAAACUUAAUUUAUUUGUUAUUUUUCUUGUAUUGUUUUGAAAAUCCUGGUAUAAAAUUAAGAAUUGCUUGAUAAAUGUUAAACAAAUUUUUCAUGACAUUAAAACAUGGAGUAUGUUUUUAUCUUUUAAUAGUCAUUAGUAAAUUUAGUAAAUUUUGACUGUUUA